CACCCGUACUCAGCAUGGCUGAUGAUCUAAAAAAAAUUGGGAUAAAUCGGAAUGAGCUGCCGCCGGUCAGGCUCCCUACUCCGCCCCUUUGAAACGUCGGUAAGUUUUCCCCCUCCAUGCAUAACCGCUACGAUCUGAUCUGAAGACGCUCUAUUUUAUUCCCCCCUUCAAACUUCCGACACAGCUUCUACUCGUAAGUACCCCGCCGCCGCCAAAUCAUGCUCCGCAACCUGCGGUCGCGGCGGCGUCCGCGAUAUGGAGCUCAACUUUGUGCCGUAGCGGCUGCGAUUCUCCUUCUUCUCUCUGUCUCCCUUCUCUACACCCGCCUCAAUUUCUUCCACUCCAACCAACUGCAUUCGUACCCCAGCCACUACGACGCCGUUUCACUCAAUCACCCACUUACCGACGACCUAGCUGACUCUGAUUUCCGGUCCUCCCCCUCUGAUGACCGCAUCGACGAGCUCGAUGACGCAGUUCAGCUCAACGUGAACGACGAGGAAAAUCUAGAGGCGGAUGAGGAAGACGGAGAGGAAAUUAAUCGAAAGUCGAAGGUCUCGUCCAGGAACUACUUCUAUGACCAUCAACUAGGCGUGAUUAGGAGGGCCUUAAACAAGCGGUCAAUUGAGGAAUGGGAAGAUUACGUGAACUUUGAAUCUAGCUUCAAAUCAGGGUUCGGGUAUGAGGUUGAUGAAUCUAAGUACGCCAUUGCAUCGGAUGAUUUGCCAGUAGAUGAGAAGAUGCGGAAGAAGUUGAGCGAAGUAAGGAACAUCGAGGAUGCACUUUUAUUGAAGGGGUCGCCAUUGAGGGAAGGUUGGGGAGACUGGUUUGAUAAGAAAAGUGACUUCUUGAGGAGGGAUCGCAUGUUUAGGUCAAACUUGGAAAGCUUGAACCCAAAUAAUAAUCCGUUGUUGCAGGACCCUGAUGGGUCCGGAGUGACUGGAUUGACUAGAGGGGAUAGGCUUGUGAUCAAAGGAUUGAUGAAUGAGUUUAAAAACGUCCCAUUCUUGGUUGAAAAUACUCCACCGGUCUCAGGGUCAGAUAACUCCAGAUUAGCAGAAAAUGACGUCCUGGGUACCCAUAGCAAGGUAAAAGCUGUAGAAGACACUAAUUCGAGCAUGGAAACCUUGCAAUCCUAUUCAGAACUAUUGAGAAUGAAAGGUGAUGUUUUGAGUAAGAGAAGUGAUAUUGAGUUUGGUAUGAAGGGGGAAGUGAAAUCUUGAGAGCUGAAGAGAGGAGUUUAAAAGACAACAAUCACUUACAUAUUGAAAGAAUUGGUGACUAUGAAGCACGGAAACUCUCUGCGAUUCACGUUUCCCUGUUUCAGAAACAAAGAAGCGUGUUGUAAACUCGGAAACCUCAAACUCCCAUUUCGGGGCCGUUUCCGUAAUUAAGAAGAAUUGGGAGGCCCAUUUUCCUAAAUAAUUAGCGUUCUGGAAGCUUUGGGUUUACAUUUUUUUCUUUUAAGAAUUUUUUUGAUGAAAAGUAGUGUCUUUUACCAAAUAUAGUGAAUUUUUCGUAGCAACAUUGUGACGUUUCAUAACGCAAUGCUUUGCUAGAAAUGUAUUGCAUUUUAUGUUCAGUGCUAGUCGAUUUGUUAUCAGUUUUAAUGUAUUGAUAAUUAGGUUUUAUGUUUUAUAGAACCAAAUUAAUCAUAUUUUCAGUGCUAGGCGAUUUGUUAUCAGUAUUGAUGUUUAAGUGAUCUAUUACAAGACAGCAUAAGCACGGCUAUGAUUCAGAGUUGCAGACUAUGGCUUUAUCUAUAAGAAUGCUUCGUUUCAAAUUGCUCAUUCUAUGUACACCAUUUUUUAUGAUUGAGUGUCAUUGCUCUGUAAUUUCAUGUAUUAUUGAUGUAAUGCGUGCUAAAGAAAGAUAAAUAAUAAUGGU